AUGCUACGCUGUUUUAGCUGCUUCUUCCGUCCAGGAGCACAAUAUGACCGUACGUCUGAGGAUAACGCAUUAUCCGCCUCAGGCAUCCUCGCUCUUGGACAUUACGAUAAAAAAGCGGCUCUACUCGAAGAUACCUACGACAUUCUGUACCAGAUCGGCGAAGGCAAGACUGGUCAAGUGUUUGCGGCCAAGACGAAAAGACCUCCCUAUCGCAAUCGCGCCAAAACAAUGGCAGAAGAAAAGCAACGUGAGCGUGAAUGUGAUGAGGAGGUGGCUGUCAAAAUGGUUCGGCAGGAAUAUUUGUCCACGAGUAAUCGGAUCGAAGCGCUGCAGUCCGAAUUGGCCAUCUUAGCACAAGUAAAACAUCCAGGAAUUCUUCGACUUCGGCAAGUGUUUCAGGACGAUGACAAGUUUGCAAUUGUGACGGAUAAGGCUACGGGAGGUGAAAUCUUAGAUGCAAUGUGCCGACCAGGAGCUCCACGAGUGUCGGAGAGUGACGUGGCUGAGGUGAUCCGUCAAUUGCUGAGUGUGUUGGCAUACUUGCAUCUUAAUGGAAUCACGCAUCGUGACGUGAAGGUUGAGAAUAUUCUGUGCAAGUCCCAGAAAUUGCAGGAUGGCGUCCUGCUGAUCGACUUUGGCUUGGCUCACAUGGGCACUAUUGGUGGCUGUGAAAUGUCAGGUAUGAAUGGAACGCCGCACUAUAUGGCGCCCGAGAUGUACCGCAAGCAUACCAAUUACGACUGUGCAAUUGAUCUCUGGUCUCUUGGGGUUGUCACGUAUGUCCUGUUGUUCGGACAGUAUCCAUUCGACGCACGUUUUCUCUCACAGGUCGAAGACAAGAUUGUCAAAGGUGAGUUUGAGUAUCCUGCAGAACUCGAGUCGCAGGUAUCUCAACAAGCAAAAAAGUUUAUAGAGUAUUUGCUAGUGCGAAACCCACGCGAGCGCCCACCUGCCGCAAUGGCACUGCAGCACCCGUGGUUACAGACGGAUGCUUCAUCAACGACUCCCUUCACAAACGAGCAUAUGGCUGCACUAGCAAGCUUUUCCAAGGGCAAGAAAGUAUUCGUACCGCCAACUUUAAAGGAAUAUGUGCCACCUAAGCCUGUUCCAGAGAAGGGCGUCAUCAUUUAUGAAGGAUGA